AUGGACCACAAUCCCGACCGAAUGGACGCCCACACCCUCUCCGAAAAGAACACCAACACUGAAGACCACAAACUCUCCACCACCAUCGCCGCCGUCACCGACCCCAGCUUCCCCCUCCCAACCCUCACCUCCGAGUCCAGCACGCUGCACUACAUCCUCUCCUUCGGCACGCUGAUCGGGCUGCUCGGCGCCGGCAUCGUGGGGGCAUGGCUGUUCGACCUGCCAUUGAUGCAGACGGCGUCGCCAGCCGUCGUGCUCUCCGUCUCCUUCGCUACGGUCCUGGGCGCGCUGUUCUUCACGGGUACCGUGUGGAUCGAUUGGUAUGAGCUGGUGCUGGGGUAUUGGUGGUUGAGCAUGCCGAUUGGGGCCGCGGCGGGGCUGGCGAUUGUUAUGAAUCAGGAGGCGAGUGCGCCGAUUGUGGAGACCUCGUAA